UGGGAUACUCCUUGCGAAUGAAGAACUUUUAGCCUUCCUGAAGCGGAUGGAAACCAGUUGGGAGUCCAGCGUCCUCUCCUCCGCCGCCCUGGUACCCUGAAGCCAGACUACAAAGACAAAACAUGGACACCUUGGUUAUAGAGGGGGGCCGGGUCUGGCUGAGACACAAAGACCAGCUCCUUCCAUCCACUAUUAGCUCUUCUGAUGAUUUAUCUCUGAAGUUAACCACUGACUAUGGAAAGGUGAUCUUCCUACAGAGAGCAGAGCUGAGCAGAGACACCGUGUACCACAUGCACCCCAGCAGCAUCCAUGGAGUGGAGGACAUGUCCACGCUGGCAGAACUACAUGAAGCUGCCAUCAUGCACAACCUUUUUCUACGAUAUCAAAAGGACAGCAUAUAUACCAACAUAGGUUCUAUUCUGGCAGCAGUUAAUCCCUACAAACAGAUAGCAGGUCUGUACGAUGGCACUGCGGUCGACUUGUACAGCAAACACCACUUGGGGGAGCUGCCUCCUCAUAUCUUUGCUGUGGCCAAUGAGUGUUACCGCUGUCUGUGGAAGAGACAUGACAGCCAGUGUGUUCUAAUAAGUGGAGAGAGCGGCGCUGGGAAAACAGAAAGCACCAAAUUACUGCUAAAGUUCCUCUCAGUGAUGAGUCAGAACUCAGCAGGUACUCCUCUAUCAGAGAGGACCACCAGGGUGGAGCAGGCGCUCGUCCAAAGCAGUCCCAUCAUGGAAGCAUUUGGGAAUGCUAAGACUGUGUACAAUAAUAAUUCAAGUCGCUUUGGUAAAUUCAUCCAGCUCCACUUUUCCCAGAAUGGAAACAUACAGGGAGGCUGCAUCAUUGAUUAUUUACUGGAAAAGAAUCGUGUAGUUCGACAGAAUCCAGGAGAGAGAAACUACCACAUCUUCUAUGCACUCUUGGCAGGGCCUGACAGAGAACAGAGAGACAUGUACUUUCUGUCUGAGGGUCCUGAGUCAUAUCAUUACCUGAGUCAGUCAGGCUGCGUGGCGGACGGCAGUCUGGAUGACAAGCAGCUCUUUGACAGUGUCAUGGAAGCCCUGAAGGUGAUGGAAUUCACCGAGGAGGACAUCAGAGACGUGUUCAGGUUGCUGUCUGCUGUCCUCCAUAUGGGAAACAUUGAAUUCAUGACAGCAGGCGGAGCUCAGAUCACAUCCAAAGGGGUGGUCAGUAAUGUCAGCGAGCUGCUGGGUCUGGACUCUUUCCAGCUGUCAGAGGUGUUGACCCAACGCUCCAUGAUCCUCAGAGGAGAGGAGAUCUGCUCGCCACUCACUGUGGAGCAGGCUGUGGACUCUCGGGACUCUGUUGCCAUGGCACUUUAUUCUCAGUGUUUCUCCUGGAUCAUAAUGAGGAUCAACCAGAAGAUCAAAGGGAAAGAUAACUUCAAGUCGAUUGGCAUCCUGGAUAUUUUUGGCUUUGAGAACUUUGAGGUGAACCGGUUUGAGCAGUUCAAUAUCAACUAUGCCAACGAGAAACUUCAGGAAUAUUUCAACAAGCACAUCUUCUCUUUGGAGCAGCUGGAGUACAACCGGGAGGGGAUCCAGUGGGAGGCCAUAGACUGGAUGGAUAAUGCCGAGUGUCUGGAUCUCAUAGAAAAGAAACUGGGCAUGUUGGCUCUUAUCAAUGAGGAGAGCCGCUUCCCCAAAGGCACUGACUACACCCUUUUGGAGAAACUGCACAGUCGGCAUGCAACAAACUCAUACUAUGUGAAGCCCAGAGUGACUGACCACCAGUUUGGCAUCAAACACUAUGCUGGAGAGGUCCUCUAUGAUGUACGGGGGAUCUUGGAGAAGAACAGAGACACUUUCAGAGACGACAUCCUCUUCAUUCUCAAAGACAGCAGGCUCGAUUUCAUCUAUGACCUUUUUGAGCGAGUGGGUAGCAGAAGUGGAGACGAGACCCUGAAGAUGGGGACGGCCAGACGCAAGCCCACAGUCAGCUCUCAGUUCAGGGAUUCCCUUCAUUCCCUGAUGGCCACACUCAGUGCCUCCAACCCUUUCUUUGUGCGCUGCAUCAAGCCAAACAUGGAUAAGAAUGCGAACCAGUUUGAUCCUGAUGUGGUCCUAAAUCAGCUGAGAUAUUCUGGGAUGUUGGAAACUGUGAAGAUCCGCAGGGCUGGUUUCCCUGUUCGUAGAACCUUCAAGGACUUCUACAGCAGGUACAAGAUGAUCGUGAAGAACAGAAAACACUCAGAGGACGAGAAGCAGAGCUGUUUAGAGCUUCUCACGCUUCACGACAAAGCGAAGAAAGAGUGGCAGCUGGGGAAGACAAAGGUGUUCUUGAAGGAGGCCCUGGAGCAAAGGCUGGAGAAGGAGAGAGAAGAGGUGCGGCGCAGGGCUGGCAUGGUGAUCCGCGCCCACAUUCUCAGCUAUGUGGCAAGAAAACAGUAUAAGAAGGUUUUGUCCAGCAUCAUCACCAUCCAGAAGAACUACCGCGCUCACUUCUGGAGAAGCAUCUUCUUACGCCUGCGCUCGGCUACCAUCAUUCUGCAGAAGCACCACAGAGGCCGGUUGGCCCGAUCUCUCUACCGCCAGCUCCAAGAGGAAAAACAGAAGCGUGAAGAGGAGGAGGAGAAGAGGAGGAGAGAGGAAGAAGAGGAGAGGAGGCAAAUAGAAGAGGAGAGGAGGCGGCUGGAGGAGGAGAGGAGACUGCAGGAGGAGGUGGAGAAGAAGAAGAAGAUGGAGGAAGAGGAGGAGAAACAAAGGCUGAUGAGUGAGGAGCUCAGCAGGAGGAGGGAUGCGGCGCAGGAAAUGGCAGCUAAAGGAGAUAAGACAAGGACUUCACUGAAGAUGAAUGGUGCUUGUCAGAAGAAGGAGCUUACCCAGUCGAUGUCUUACAAUUACUGCACAGAGGAAGAGUCCCGUCAGAUGGAGGAGAUCUUACGGCUGGAGAGAGAGAUCGAGCGUCUCCAGAAGCAGCAGGAGGAUGGCGUGUCCCUUCUCGGAGACAUCUCCCAUGAGGAGCUACGUCAGAUGAGGGACGCCGAGAUCUACAGACUGGAGAAGGAGGCGUCUCGUGUAGCUACUGAGUUUUUGGAGCUCCUGGACUUUGGUGGCUUAGAGCCAUCACUCUCAAGUGAAGAGAACCUUCAUGAUCCUACCGAUUCCACUGCUCCUCUGGCUGAAGAGGAGGUGGAUGAGGGGUUUCAUGCUGAGGAUGAGUGUAUUCCUUUGCCUGACGUCCCUGCUCCUCCUGUGGAUCCUCUGGACAAAGAAGUAUUCCAAAGUAUUCCCCCUCCUCCACCUGCCUUUGCAUCACCAAAUGACUCCCCAGUUGUUAUGAAUGGUCUGAACCAUGUCCCCAUUCUCAAAACCUCCCAAAGCCCUGGUCCUCCUGUGGUCACUAAUGGAGAAAAACAACCAUGCCGGAGGGCCAGCAGGGGUUCAGACACUGAAAAUGUGAAUGAGGGGCUGUCUCACGCCAUCAUGCCAGACACGGAGUCAGACUACGAUCAGGAGGAGUUUGAGGAGGCUCAUGGAAGCUCAGGUGCUAGCACCAAUGAUGGCCAUGCCACAGAUGAGGAAGUGUUACGAAAAUCCUCCUGUACCCAAAACAGCCUGGACUCCUUCAGGGGCAGCUCAGACUCGUUCAUUGAGAGUGAUGAAGACAACAAUGGCUACGUGGACACAGAUGAGGAAGUUUCCAAUGGAAGAGUGAAUCUCCUGAAUGGCAGCGGGCCUCCAUACUUCCACGGCUACCUCUACAUGAAGAGUGGUCUGAUGAUCCCGUGGCGUCGGCGGUGGUGUGUCCUGAAGGACGAGACCUUUAUGUGGUUCCGGGCAAAGCAGGACUCCCUCAAGUCUGGUUGGCUCUACAAGAAAGGAGGAGGAAUGUCCACCUUAUCUCGGCGCAACUGGAAGAUGCGCUGGUUUGUUUUGCAGGAGUCAAAACUCAUGUACUUUGAGAAUGACAGCGAGGAGAAGCUGAAAGGAACAAUCGAUAUCCGCACAGUGAACAAUAUAGUGGACAACCAUGAGAAAGAAAAUGCACUGAACAUUGUGACUGAGGAGAGAACCUACCACAUCUAUGCGGAGACCCCUGAAGAUGCCAGUGGUUGGUUCAAUGUGCUGAGUCGGGUCCACAGCGCCAGCCCGGAGCAGCUCAUGGAGAUGCACCAUGAACAAGCCAACCCAAAAAAUGCAGUGGGUACAUUAGACGUGGGCUUAAUUGAUUCUGUUUGUGCUUCGGACAACCCCGACAGACCAAACUCAUUUGUGAUCAUCACAGCAAACCGGGUGAUCCACUGCAACACAGACACACCUGAGGAGAUGCACCACUGGAUCGGUCUGCUGCAGAAAUCCAAAGGAGACUCCAGACUUGAUGGACAGGAGUUCUUAGUCCGAGGCUGGCUGCAUAAAGAGAUGAAAUCUGGAGCUAAAAGCACCUCGUUAAAACUGAAAAAGCGCUGGUUUGUUCUUAACAGUAACUCCCUCGACUACUACAAGUCAUCUGAGCGCAGCGCCACUAAACUGGGAACACUGGUCCUCAACAGCCUUUGUUCUGUGGUGCAGCCAGAUGAGAAGGUCUUCAAGGACACAGGUUACUGGAAUAUAAUUAUCCACGGGCGUAAACACUCCUACCGACUUUACACCAAAAUGCUGAAUGAAGCCAUGAGGUGGACAUCUGCCAUACAGGGAGCCAUAGAUGGCAAAGUUCCCAUAGAAACUCCAACGCAGCAACUAAUCAGGGACAUCAAGGAGAGCAGUUUGAAUGUGGAGGCUGUGGAGCAGACAUACUGGAGGAACCCCAUCCUGAGAUAUACCCAGCAUCCUUUGCACUCCCCUCUUCUACCUCUGCCUUAUGGCGAUGUCAGCGUUCACUUGCAAAAAGAAAAGGGUUACACCAGCCUGCAGGAUGAAGCUGUGAAGAUUUUCAACUCAUUGCAGGAAAUGGAGGCAGUGUCUGACCCUGUGCCCAUUAUCCAGGGAAUCCUGCAGACCUGCCAGGACCUGAGGCCACUAAGAGAUGAAGUCUACUGUCAGCUGAUCAAACAAACCAAUCACGUCCCUCACCCCAACAGUCCAGCCAAUCGUGCCCACUGGCAUCUCCUGACCUGCAUGAGCUGCACCUUCCUGCCCAGUCGAGGGAUCCUACGCUACCUCAAAUUUCACCUGAAAAGGAUUAAGGAGCUGUUCCCUGGUACUGAGAUUGAACUGUUUGCCCAUUUCAUCAACGAAUCUCUAAAGAAGACUAAGACCAGGGAGUUUGUUCCCUCCCAAGAAGAAAUCAUGGCACUGCUUACCAGACAAGAAAUGACCACUACUGUCUACUGCCAUGGAGGAGGCUCUUGCAAGAUAUCCGUCAACUCGCACACCACUGCUGGGGAGGUUGUGGAGAAGCUAAUUCGAGGUUUGGCUAUGGAGGACAGCAGGAACAUGUUUGCUCUCUUUGAACAUAACGACCUGAUUGAUAGAGCCGUGGAAAGCAGAGUUCUUGUUGCUGAUGUUUUGGCCAAAUUUGAAAGACUGGCUGGCAGUGAUGAAGCAGAGGAUGAAGGACAAUGGAAACUCUAUUUCAAACUUUACUGCUUCCUGGAUGUGGAGAGCAUGCCGAAGGAAGGGGUGGAGUUUGCCUUCAUGUUUGAACAGGCACAUGAGAGUUUAACCCGGGGCCACUUUCCAGCCCGCGAGGAGACCCUGCAGCACCUAGCAGCUCUGCGUCUGCAGUUUCUACAUGGAGACAAAACACGGGUGAGCUGGAGCCUGGAUAGUGUCUAUCCUGUGGGCCGCCUGCGCAGUCGAGUCCUACAGUUCACCAAAGUCGGUGGAGCUUCAGGGUCAGGUCAGACGCUGGAGCGGCGAAGGACUAGCUUCUUGGAUGGAACCCUGCGCCGAGGGUUAAAGACAGGCUCAAUGAAAAAACAAAGAAUGGAAGAAGAGCAAAUGGUGGAGAUGUGGAUAAAAGAGGAGACAUCUGCCACAAGAGCGAGCAUCCUGGAGAAAUGGUCCCACCUGGCAGGUCUGGACCAGCACCAGGCCAUGCUCAAAUAUAUGACAAUCAUCAAAGAAUGGAAUGGUUACGGAUCCACACUAUUUGAUGUUGAGUGCAAAGAAGGAGGCUUCCCUCAUGACCUGUGGUUGAGUGUGAGCGCUGAGAAUGUGUCCGUCUACAAGAGAGGAGAGCCAAAGCCUCUGGAGACCUUCCCGUAUGAGCACAUCAUUUUCUUUGGGGUGCCCCAGGCCUGCACCUACAAGAUCACUGUGGACGAGAGGGAAAUGUUCUUUGAAACACCACAGGUUGGCGAGAUCACGAAGAUCAUGAAAGCCUACAUAAACAUGAUCGUGAAGAAGCGGUGCAGCGUCAGAUCCGUGUCCAGUUACGGAACCAACUGGAUCAGGUGAUAGACCGGAUGGGACACAUGAAGACACCUGGCCUAAAAUGAGGGCGGGGCUUCAUAUAAUUAAAACUGAGAUUGACAAAAAUUGUGACUCAGAGCUUUUGACUGUGUAGACAAAAUGAUUUUGUACAGCGACGCAGAAGUUGGUGACAUCUGUUCUUUCUCAAAGAACACUCUAGGAUCCGCACACUAAACAGUUUUCCUGAGUGUUGCUUUCAUCCAGCAGAGUCCAAACAUAAAAACAUGUUACCUGCUCUGAUUAUUUACACUGGCCAUUUCUCACAGCUUACUUGAAAUGUACUUCAGGUAUGUUUUCUUUUUUUACCCUCCAUAUCUCACCACCACGACCACCUUAUCUCUUAAAUAAACAUUUUCACAUCUAAAUUUAGAGUUUUUUUCCUCAAAGCAAUAAAUUGCUUUUAAGCCUACAUCCCAAAAAUGACAAAAAAAAAAAAAAAAAAAGAAUGUGCUGCAGUGGCAAAUACAUAGAAUGCUGCAUGUGUUCUCAUGAUUUUUUUUUACAUAGUAUUGAACCCCAUUUUAAUGAAUGUUCUCCAGAAUUGAGAUUUCCUCAGGUUAGUGGAUAAUGUACCCAUUGUCCAAUUGGGGGGAAUAUCUCCCUCACUUUGCCUUAUUUAAGUUUUAUUUUUUAUUUAAGAUGCUAUAUUUUGGAUUAACACUUUCAGAGUAAAUGUGGCCUUUAGAGUGUUGUUGAGUAGCAGCUCCUGCAGAUCAGAUGUACAGAAUGUGCCAAAAAGCACAUUCUUAAAAACCAAAUUCAGCUUCUUUUUUUUUCUUCACAACAGCAAGCUGCAGCAACACUGGAAAUCAAAGCGCACUGCAUCUUUACAUGAGAUGGAUGUGCAAUUAAUUAACCACUGCAGAAGAGUAUUUUCUUAUAAGGUGCAGAUUAAUAAACCCAGUCCUUGAACUGUUUGGAAUAAUGUGUGUGUGUUCAUUGUCCAGGAGUCAGUAUUGUGUUUCAAGUUCAUUUCUUUGCAGUCUGAAUUGUGUAUCUGCCUUCAAAGUAAUUUAAUAACUAAAAGCGAUGCCUCCUGAGAUAUAAGCAAAAUGUUGCUGCGGCAUGCAU